AAUGCAUCUUAUCCUUCACUUCUGAAUUGACCUCUGGGAGCUUUUGCCGCUGAAUCUUCCAUCGCACACCAUCGAUUAUCCCAUGACCUUGCCUCUGCGUAUCCCGAGCAAGAGCAGGCAUGUACCGUCCCGUAAUGCUCAAUCCCUCUCAAUCAUCACGCACUUUCCAAAUGACACCUCUGAACCCACCACCAUCACGCUUCCAAGGACAGGAGGCCACCAGGAAACUCAGCCCGCUGUCUUUUCUCUACCUCCAGAACUCUUGACCGAGAUCUUCCUUCAUGUGAUAGGUCUUUGUCAGAGCCAAUGGAAACCGCCAGACCCAUUUGUAAAGACCCACCAGUGGCUACGAAUAACCCAUGUUUGCACACGGUGGCGUCUUCUUGCAUUGUCCAGUCCAGUUCUGUGGUCUUUCAUUAUCACCCACCGAUCUCUGGAAUGCACUCGCGCUAUGCUGGCACGGUCGACACACAUACCGCUCAUCAUCAAACAUUACGACCGUUAUGCAUGGGAAUCACUCGAGAUGACACUGGAAGAGAUGGAACGAAUUCGCGUGCUCAAGCUUCAUGCGGAUCCCGUCUAUUUGUAUACCACCGAAUUUAUACCUCGAGACGCUCCUUUGCUAGAGAAACUCACAAUUGUGAACUCUCGAGGGAUCGCUCGCAUGUAUCCUGCCUCUUUCCUUUUGGACGCCCCUCGUCUUCAGAAGUUGCGUCUCGUAGGGUGUGGACUCAAUGAAGCACGUCGUGUACUACGACCCACUUUGCGAUCUCUACACGUUGAUGUAGAAACGACAGUGCCCUUCACUGACAUUUUGGACAUUCUAUCAGGGCUUCCUCAAUUAAUGGAUCUCACCCUCCUUCGUUUGUUGCCAUCAUCUUCGUCCAUCUCUGCCGGUAACGAGUCCUCUCAUGUGAAUUCCACGGUCUCCUUGCCUCUCCUUCAAAGGCUGAGACUUUCAGGUCCCACCCGUACAAUAGUCGGCCUCCUGGAUCGAUUACAGUUUCCCACCGGUACGUCCAUUGUAGUGGACUACUAUUUCGCAGGAAACGCCUCCGCUUUCCAGGACCUCUGCCGCACAGUCUCGCUAAAGUAUUACGGGUCUACGGGACCUUCGUCCCAAUCCCCACAUCCACUGCAUACGCUUAGGCUGAAAGGUGGCAAGUCAAUGGACCCCAUUCGUAUGGAAAUCUGGAAGGCAGAGUUAACUGCAGAGGAAUUAUACAGCGGAAGAAAGUCUACACACCCUACACCCGACAUAUCUAUCACUUUCCCGCCUGACGGGAUUUCUGUCAACGGUAUCCUUAGCAUGGUACAAUCAAACUUCCACAUGGCAGGCAUGCGGAUUAUGGCACUGGAGAGGUUCACCCGCCGUUUAGCAUGGCCGGACGUUGUAGAGACCAUGACCAAUACAAUGCUCGGAGACAUGACCAACCUCCGUUCUCUCCUUAUAUGCAGUUGGGACGCAAUCGACCUCGCGAAACUUCUUCGGUCCAUUCUGACAUCAGGGAAGGUGGUCUGCCCAAAUCUUACAUGUCUAGUUGCCAACGCAUUACAAUGGCCAUGGUCCACUGAUCCUGAAACUCCCUCAUGCAUACUGUCCAGCGCGUUGAAGCAACGUGCAGAAAUGGGGGCAUCUAUCGAACGUCUUGCAUUACGGGCUUGUAGCAAUGUGGAAGGCAUGGAUUUAGUGUUAUGCAAGUCCGUAGUGAAGCUGGUUGAUUGGGAUGGUGUUUCCUUACCUGUGUCUCUGGAGCACGAGGACGAGCCUGAUAUACUUGGCCCUUUGUUUCGUGAUAUCAAUAUCGAGGAUGACAGGGGCUCGGAUGAUGCACUAAGUGAGGGAUCUGGAGUAGAAAUAUUGUCAGAUGUCGAGGAGCAGGAAGAGGAUGAAGGGGAAGAGAUCUUUGAAGAUGCCGAAGACUGGGACGAGGCAUAUGACGAGAGCUGACGAGCUGCAGGGGAUGAAGUAACGAAACUCUCAGACUAAUUUAAAUGCAAUAGCCUUGAAAUCUCGGACGCAUAUUGCUUCAUGACAC